AUGUCUGACGAUCAGAUGGAUUAUAAUUCAGACGCGGGUCCGGAGCUGGUCGCCGCGAGGAUCAAAACCUUCUUCGACCGUGCUCCUUGUUAUAAAUGGGAAGGUCAGAUCGGUCGCGGAGCUAACGGCGCCGUGUAUAAGUUCAUCCGCUCGACCGGCACGAGAUAUAGAAGACUGGCUGUCAAGAUUUGCCCAUUAGACGUAGACCUAGGAGGUUAUAAGUCGUACGACGAAGAGGACGAAGACAUACCGGACGAACUUCAGUCACUAAUGAACGAAAAGGUUUGGUUGCAUAGGCUCCGCAACGGUUUACAUAUAAUCAAAUCGUUAGACCUACCGAACGACCCGCUCGACCCGCUCAACGCGACGCAUCCGGGGGUCUGGCCACAUCGAAUGCGAUCCUGGAUCUUCAUGGAGUUAGCCGAGAACGGCGGACUGGAAACUUUCGUCGGAAGACAUCAGACGCAGUAUGAUGGGCAGGCUCUGCCGAAUCGCCUGCUGUGGAGACUUUUCAUGUGUCUGGUCAGGGCCUGUUUGGAGAUGGCCUACUACAAUGCUAGCUUGGACGGACGUCCGGUGGAUCCGAAGACGGCCAGCUUGGCAACCCUGAACAGGAUACAGCCAGGAGAUCUAGCUCACAUGGACCUAGGUCAACAAAACGUCGUGUUGGGCGCCACCGCACUCGACGCAAGCACGGAGCAUAACGUAACUCCCAUCCUGAAGGUGAUCGACUUUGGCGAGGCGCUCAUGGUAGACGCUGCCCACGAAAUGUACCACCAAUCAGGGUCAGAUGUAAACGUCCGCCAGAUAUGUGAGGUCAUGGUAUACGUCGUACUUCAAAGGCGAGAGGAUUUUAACAAUGUCAUUGUCACCUUCCCAAACGUUGGAACCUUCGAGACCCGGGCAAGCCCAAUAGUCGACAACUACCAUGAUCUUCAAGCGGCCGGCGUGGAUGAUGACCUGCUACUGCUACUAUGCAAGGGCACCUCGAUGGACCUGAACGUGCGGCCGGGUUUACUCGAACUGGCAUAUAUCGUUGCAGAUCGAGUCAUGAACAGGGGAGAUAACGGCGUUCAACGGGAAACAGACCAAGACAUAAAGCUUAGGGUCUCUUCUAUAAUCAACGACGGAGUCACGGAGCCCCGAAAGCGCAAGUGGGAAGGCGACCACUACAGCGACGGUGGGAGUCCGCCACGACGACGACGUGGCGUGGUGGUCUAG